AGCAAGCCACCUUAAAGUCCUUUCCACGAGUGUUCUAGCUGAGUUGCCAGCUGCUUCCUGCGCAAGUGAAGUGUCGAAAACAUGGUUAAUACCUGGUACCUCGUGUGUUCUCUCUUCUUCUGUUACCUUGGUCCACAGUUUGUGAGCUCCACCUCCAAGCUCCCCGGGAUACGGAAUUACCAGGUGGUGAAACCGUGCAGGCUCCACGUCAAGCAGAAACGAGAGAGCGAGGGUCUUUAUCCAUCCGUUGUUCAGUAUGGAGUACCUGUGGAAGGCAAAGAGGUUGUCAUACACCUCGAGAAGAAUGAGGGUCUAUUUGCCAAGAACUACUCAGAAACCUACACAUUGGAGAAUGGGACUGAAGUGCAAGACACCCCGGUCUAUCUGGAUCAUUGCUAUUACCAUGGUUACAUAAAGGGGGACAACGACUCCGCGGCCAGCUUCAGCACUUGUGACGGACUCAGUGGUUAUAUCCGCACCGAUGGCCAACGGUAUCUAAUAGAACCUCUAAAGGAAUCGGUCAGCAAUGAACACGUGCUCUAUAGAUAUGAGGAGCUCGUGCUGCCACUGAAGACUUGUGGUGUGGUGAACACUUCGUGGGACAGUCCAGAGCCAGAAGUGGAAGAGACCUUUAAUUCUCCAAGUGAGAGGAAUGCGUUCCUGAAAGCAAAGAAAUACAUUGAAAUGUAUGUGGUGGCAGAUUACUCAGAGUUCCGGAAGUUUGGUUCUGUUGAAGCAGUGAGGAACAGAGUGUUUGAGGCAGUCAAUCACAUCAACCUGUUGUACAGGCCACUAAGAACACACGUGGCUUUGAUUGGCCUGGAUAUCUGGUCCAAAGGAGAUAAAAUAACCGUUGUAACCGAUCCCAACAGAACUCUGAGAGACAUGUUGACGUGGCGUAAAACAAAGCUGCUACCGGUUAAGGAACAUGACAACAUCCAAUUCAUCACUUACGUGGAUUUCGAUGGAAGUACCAUCGGUCUGGCUCCAAUGCAUGCAAUGUGCACUUCUGAAUCUGGAGCAAUUAAUCAGGAUCACGCAGAUAAUGUCCAUGGGCUUGCCUCAACCAUGGCGCAUGAGAUGGGACACAACCUGUGGAUGGAACAUGACGAUACUACUUGCAUUUGCAGAACUGGUAAUUGCAUCAUGUCUCCUUCCUUAAGCACACAGUUACCAAUGGAGUUCAGUUCCUGCAGUCACCAGAAAUUCCAGAACUUUGUUCUAAACAAAGGCGCUUCCUGUGUGCGGGAUGUUCCCAACUUGGAUGACAUUAAGGCAGCGCCCGUCUGCGGCAACCACUUUGUGGAAAAGGGGGAAGACUGUGACUGUGGCAGCCCAGAAGAAUGUAAAAACCCCUGCUGCGAGCCCAAGACAUGCAAAAUGAAAGAGGAAGCACAGUGUGCUGAUGGGGAAUGCUGCCAAGAUUGCAAGAUCAAAGCGGCAGGCUCGCGGUGCAGGAGUGUGAAACAUGAAUGUGAUCUUUCAGAGAAUUGCGAUGGCAAGUCCAACAAAUGCCCGCCAGAUGCAUUCCGCCAGAACGGAACCCCUUGCAAGGGAGGGAUGGGCUUCUGUUACAAUGGAAAGUGCCCUACCCACCAGGACCAGUGUGUGUCCCUGUGGGGCCCAGGUGCUCGGCUAGGAUCCAGUCGAUGUUUUGAAAUAAAUAGACAGGGUGAUCAGCACGGUUACUGCAAGAAGACAACCACAUACCAAGGCUGCAAACCUAAGGACAUAAUGUGUGGGCAGCUACACUGCGUCGGUGGGAAGAUGACGCUGUCUUAUGGCUACAUUACUCAAACCAUAGGAAGAGAAAAUUGCAACUCCUUCAUAGACAGAGGUGGAGUUAACCCAGGAUUGGUGCAAGAUGGGAUAAAGUGUGGAACCAACAAGAUGUGUUUGAAUGCAGAAUGCGUCGAAGUCAAAGUCAACAACUGCUCCAACAAGUGCCCCCCGCACGCGAACUGUAAUCACCUGGACCAGUGCCAGUUUGAGGAGGGAUACGCGCCACAGAAUAACAUCUUCCCUAAAACCGCAUUAGUCGCCAUUAUUUUGAUUGUGGUGUUAAUCCUCGUCGCAGUUGGAGUAGGAUGCUUCAUGUACAAGAAGUGCACAAGAAAGAGCACACCCCUACCACGAACCCAGCCACCUCAGGCAGCUGGAGUCACAAACCCAAUCUUUGCCGAGAGUGCCCCCUCAACCCCACAAAUGCAAAGGAUUCACAACCCUAAGGGUCCAAUGCCGAGGGCUCCACCUCCUGUUCCGUACGCCAAGCCACCGCCAGCGUCCAAACCUCCGAGCAAGCAUCCUGUCCCACAGGUUCCACCAUCCAAGCCAAUGCAUCCACCCCCCAAGCCUCCUGUCUCACAGGUUCCACUAUCCAAGCCAAUGCAUCCACCAGCCCCCAAGAUCUUGAUGCCUCCAAGCAAACCAAGAAACUAACCAUCAGAUGCUGCCUGGCUCAUGGAUUUUUUCCAGCCUUUUCUGUAUUUUGUUCAAGAUCUCCAGCAUCUGCAGAAUGCCUACUCUGAAGAAGUUUAAAUCUUUGUUCUCUGACUCCUCAACCAUGUGCUCACCCAGACUCACUACCACAACCACAUGUCCCUUCCUGGGAACUUAUCUCUGCUGCCAUCUUGUGCCACAUGGUUUCCAGCUCCAUUUCCAGGCCAUCCUGCUUAGUUGCAGUGAAGAUGCCGGGUACCUGCUUUCAAUUGACUAUUUUUCCCACCGUUUCUCCCUCUGGAUUCUACACACAGCCCCCUCCGCCAUGCAGAAAAACCUGUGAGCCCUAUCUGCCACAGCUCUGAGUCUCAGUCUACACUGCCUGGCAUGGACCUCUCCAACGCUUCAUCUUCUGCUGGAUUCACGCCUACAGAUGAUGGUUCUUCACCUUCCUUGAUUCCAGAAAGUAUCAAAAGAUCAUCCACCUGCAGACCCUGGGCCCUGCCACCUGCAGCUCCAGCUCCCACCUCAGCCAUGACAGCCUCCAGCUCUGGCUCCAGCUUCAACCAUGGCUGCCUCCACGUCCAGGCCGAGAGUCUCUCUGCCGCUGUAUUCUAUGGCUCGUCUUCUGCCAAUACUCCCCUCAAACCUCUGAUCUCAGGCUCCCCUCUACACUUUGUCCCCCCCCCCUUGAUUCCUCUGAGCUGCCAUAUCCUUUUCUCCUCAAUCUCCACAAAACUCCCAACAUUCCUUUCCCCUCUGACCCCUCCAACUCUCUACCUUCUGCUGACCCCAGUUCUAAUCCCUGCAAUGUGUUCACCAACCCCUCCUCUCGGAGGCUGUCCCCCACACCUCAGUGAGUUCCACGAUGCUGAGUUCUUCCUCCGUCACCACCAUCUCUGAGCCCACUUCUUUGCCAAGGAUUCCCCAACUCCAACAAAUGACGUCUUCUUCUGUCUUCAGUCCUCCUCCUCUUCUUGGACACAGUGCUCUGAUCUUCCACUUGCUCUGGAUCUCUUCACCUCUAACUAUUGAGGAGAUGUCAACAGUUUUGGUUUCAACACUUCCUUCUCCUUCUCGAACCUUACCUUUGCUGAGCACACUGCCCUGCUCUCUUAGCAUCAAUCCCAAACCUGCAGACAAGGGGGGCAUAGUUAUAAUCUGGCAGGCUGACCUCUACCUUGCUGAGCAAGGUGGAAGCUCUCAGACACCUCCUCUUACUUACCCCUUGAACAGGUUCCUUCCAUCAGGCUACUGUCUCCUUCAUCAUCACUAAUCUCAUCAGCUCUGAAGAUCUCCUAUCCAUUUUCACCAACCUCAAGGUUCCUGUACCCCGUCCUGCUCAUUUCUACCUCCUACCCAAGAUCUACAAACCUGACUGCCCAGGUAGGCCUGGUCCCGCCCUACUGAGCUCGUGUCCGCGUACCUCAACCCGAUUUGUUCCCCUUGGUUCAGUCCCUUCCUGCCAACAUCUAUGACACUUCACAAGCUCUUGAUCACUUCAAUCACUUUAAGUUCCCUGGCCCUAAUCUCAAUUUCACUCUGAACAUCCAGUCCCUAAACACUAGUAUUUCCCCAUCAGGAAAGCCUUAAAGCUCUCUGCUUCUUUCUGGAAAACAAACCGAACCAAUUACCUUCCACCACCACUCUCUUCCUCAACAAUUUCCCUUUCGGCUCCUCCUGCUUUUUCCAAACCCAAAUGCAAUCACAGGCACCCCCAUGAGCCCCAGCUAUGCCUGCCCUUUCGUUGGCUAUGCAGAACAGUCCAUGUUCCAAGCCUGCACUGGUAACGCUCCUCAAUUCUUUCUGCACAACAUUGACGGCUGCAUUGGCACUGCUUCCUGCACCCAUCCUGCGUUCAUCAAUUUCAUCAGCUUUGCCUCCAAACUUCACCCUGCCUUUAGAUUUACUUACACAUCCCUCCCCUUUCUCGAUCUCGCUGUCUCCAUUUCUGACCACCGACAUCUUUUGUAAACCUACUGACUCCCGCAGUUAUCUUGACGAUCUCUCUCCUGACCCUGCCAAUUGUAAAAGUGCUAUCCCCUUUUCCCAGUUCCUCCAUCUCCACCUCAUCUGUUCUCAGCAUGACGCUUUCCAGUUUGGAAGAUCUGGAGCAUGUCCUCCUUUUUCAAUAAGUGGUGCCUUCCACCGCCAUCAAUACUGCUCUCAUCUGCAUCUUCUCCAUUUUCCUCACGACUGCCCUCACACCAUCCUUCUCUUCUCCCCUCCCCCCACCACUAUUACGGAGAUAUUGUUCCCCGUGUCCUUACCUAUCACCCCAUUAACCUCUGUAUCUAGCAUAUCAUUUUCAUUAACUUCUGCCAUCUACAACAGGAUCCUGCUACCAAGCACAUCUUUCCCCCUCCUUCCCCACUCUCUGCUCUCUACAGGGAUCAGUCUCCACAUGACUAUCUUGUCCGCUCAUUCCUCCCCACUGAUCUCCCUCUGGCACUUAUCCCAACAAGCAUGCUAAGUGCCAUUCCAGCCCCUACAACCCCUCCCUCUCCACCAUUCAGGGCCCCAAACAGUCCUUUAUAUGAGAAGACCUGUGAGUCCUUCGGGGUCAUCUACUGUGUCUGGAGCUCCAGGUACUGUACGAUCUUCUCUACAUCAUUGAGACCCGACAUGGAUUAGGGGACCACUUCAUCGAGCACUUUUUCUCCUUCUGCUAUGAAAGGCGGGAUUUCAUGAUGGUCACCCAUUUCAAUUUGAAUUCCCAUUCCGACAUGUCUGUCCGUAACCUCCUCUACUGCCAUGAUGAGGCCACACUCAAGCUGAAGGAACAACACCUCAUAUUCCAUCCAGGUAGCUUCCAACCACAUGGCAUGGACAUCAAUUUCUCUGACUUCCAGUAAUUUUUCCCCACUCCCCCUUCUCUCUUUUUUAUUUCCCAUUCUGGUGACUGUCUCACCCCUUGCUUCUCCUCACCUGGCAUCACCUCCCUCUGGUGCCUCUUUCUCCUCCCCUUUCUUCCAUGGUCCGUUGUCCUCUUCUAUCAGAUUCCUUCCACUUUAGACCUUUACCUCUUUCACCUAUUCUCUCCCCUACCCACUCCCGGCUUCUUACUUCAUCACUCCAACCCCCACCCACCGUUCCCCUCACCUGGUCUCACCUAUCACCUGCAAGCUUGCCCUCAUUCCCCUCCUCCAAUGUUCCCCCACCCCCACCUCCCACCUUCUUAUUCUGGCUCCUUCCCCCUCCCCUUCCAGUGCUGAAGAAGGGUCUUGGUCCGAAGCCUCAGCUCUUUAUUCCUCUCCGUACAUGCCGCCCGACUUGCUGCUGAAUUCCUUCAGCAUUUUUUGUGUUACCUCAGAUGAGAGCUAUCAUCUCUGAUCUCCCAGUUACCUGCCCCAAAUAUCAUUUGCUCAAUUUAUCUAUAUAUUGAAGAAGUGAAUCUCCCAAAGCCUGUUUACUCUCUAUUUAUUCCAUUGACAUAACUAAAUGUAAUAAACAACAGAACUGCUCAAUCACAAUCUUGAGGAAGAAAGGGCAGGAGAGUGUUUGAAGUAUCUUUUUCUUUUUCAAUAUUUUUAUUAUUAAUUUCUACAUAAAGAAUACAGAAUAUAUAUAUCAUAAGUCAAAAAAAGAUAAAAUAAUACCAAUAUAUAUUUGAAUCACGCUUGCAAUCUCAUUACUCUAUAUUCAUGUAAAUUAAAUUAAAUCAUAAUAUUGAAUUAUGAUAAUUUUAUUAUUAUACAGAAAAAAAAUCUAAACCCACUACCAAGAUCGGAGCUGCUUGGUAAAGAAAGAAAGAAGGAAAAAAAUCCUUAUCAUAUAGUGAAAUAUGUUAUUAGCCAACAUAUGUACUUUAACAACAAAUCAAAGAUUUUGAAAAUAGUUCAAAACUGGUCCCCACAAUGUGUGAAAGUCUUGGAUAGAUUCAGAAAUUGAACAACGGAUCUUUUCUAAAUUUAAACAUGACAUAACAUCACGUAACAAUUGGGUGUGAGUAGACAGAACGACAUCCUUCCAUUUAAGCAAGAGCGUCCUCCAAGUUAUAAGAGAGAUAAAAGCCAAAACGUGCAAAUCAGGUGUCUCCAGAAUAAUAACUUUUUCUCCAACAAUACCGAAUAAAGCAGUCAAAGGGUUAGGCUUAAAAUUUACUUUGAAAAGUACAGAGAAAGUUUGAAAUACUUCCUUCCAGUAUUUCCUAAGACUCGGACAUGUCUAAAACAUAUGAAUUAGUGAAGCUUCUCCAUUAGUACAUCUAUUAGAAAAGGGAGAUAUAUCCGAAUAAAAACGAGAUAGCCUAUCCUUGGUCAUGUGAGCGUUUGAAGUAUCAACAUUUUCUGCUUCUGAUCGAUGCAAAAUUACAUAGGAGUUUUCUGACUCAUUUUCAAAGAGAAAUUUAAAGAUUGGCUUUAUUUGUCUAAUGCACAUCGAAACAUUGAAACAUGCAGUGAAAUGCAUUGUCUGCGUCGAUAACCAUCAGAGUCCGAGAUGCGCUGUGGGCAGCCCACAAGCACCGUCAUGCUCCCGGCACAAACAUGGCAUGCUCACAACUUCCUAAUCCAAAACCCUUGCAUCUUUUGGAAUGUGUGAGGAAGCUAGAGCAGCUGAAGAAAGCCCACGCAGUCACGGGGAGAGCGUACAGACUCUUCACAGAGAGCGGCAGGGGCUGGAGCUCGAUCUUCCGAUCACCGGCACUAUAAAGCAUCAUCCCAAUCGCUACAAGAUCGUGCUCCCCCAUGUGCAACCCAAUGCUGCAAUAGAUAAUUUGCAUUCAAAGGUGGAGGUGAUGAGCAUUUAUUCUCAAAUAAAAAUAAUUCCAUAAAAUCCCGGUUUUCCAUUUAUUCCCCUGCCACACUGAAUUACAGGGCUUGUCUCCUGAGGAAAGGUUGAGCGAGCAUGGGCUUAUCUUUUUGGAGUGAGAGAGAAUGAGAGGUCACUUGACAGAUGAUGAGAGUCUUAGAUUGAGUGGCCAACCAGAGACUUUUCCCAGGACAGAAAUGGCUAAUAUGAGAGGGCAUAAUUUGUAAGGUGAUUUGAGGAAAGUAUAGGCAGGAUUUCAGACGUACUGCGUGUACAGAGAGUGGUGAGUGCGUGGAUGGUGGUAGAAGCAGAUCCAUUAGAGACAUUUAAGACUCUGUUAGAAAAAUGGAUGAAAGGAAAAUGUGGAAAUGUGGCAGGGUAGUGUUAGAAUGAUAUUGGAGUGGGUUAA